AGCAGCGCACCGAUCUGACAAAAUUAGUUCUUCAGUGACUUUCGUGCAGUGUGUUAAUAUAAAAAGAAAAAGAUUGAAAAAUGACAGGUCGUGGUAAAGGUGGCAAGGGCUUGGGAAAAGGUGGCGCCAAGCGUCAUCGCAAAGUCUUGCGUGAUAACAUCCAGGGUAUUACAAAGCCAGCUAUUCGCCGUUUGGCUCGUCGUGGCGGUGUGAAGCGCAUCUCUGGUCUUAUCUACGAGGAAACUCGUGGAGUCCUGAAAGUGUUCUUGGAGAACGUUAUUCGUGACGCCGUCACCUACACCGAACACGCCAAAAGGAAGACAGUGACGGCCAUGGAUGUUGUUUAUGCUCUGAAGAGACAGGGACGCACUCUAUACGGCUUCGGCGUAACUAUGCCGCCGAAAACCAGUGGAAAGGCAGCCAAGAAGGCUGGCAAAGCUCAGAAAAAUAUAACCAAGAAUGAUAAGAAGAAGAAGCGCAAGAGGAAGGAAAGCUAUGCUAUUUACAUCUACAAGGUUCUGAAGCAGGUUCACCCUGACACUGGAAUUUCGUCUAAAGCUAUGAGUAUAAUGAACAGCUUCGUAAACGAUAUCUUUGAGCGUAUUGCUGCUGAGGCUUCGCGUCUGGCUCAUUACAACAAGCGCUCGACCAUCACCAGUCGGGAAAUCCAAACGGCUGUUCGUCUUCUCCUGCCUGGAGAGUUGGCCAAGCAUGCCAAAAUGACUGGUCGUGGUAAAGGUGGCAAGGGCUUGGGAAAAGGUGGCGCCAAGCGUCAUCGCAAAGUCUUGCGUGAUAACAUCCAGGGUAUUACAAAGCCAGCUAUUCGCCGUUUGGCUCGUCGUGGCGGUGUGAAGCGCAUCUCUGGUCUUAUCUACGAGGAAACUCGUGGAGUCCUGAAAGUGUUCUUGGAGAACGUUAUUCGUGACGCCGUCACCUACACCGAACACGCCAAAAGGAAGACAGUGACGGCCAUGGAUGUUGUUUAUGCUCUGAAGAGACAGGGACGCACUCUAUACGGCUUCGGCGGUUAAAAUUAUUUUUGUACAGCCUGUACUUCAACUAUACAAUCGGUCCUUUUCAGGA